AUGAGCAAUCAAGCAGAAGCUAUACAAGACCUCCAAGCGGCACCUGUGCCCAUUGUAGGCAUGCCUGCGACCAACCUUUCCGAGAAAGAAAAGCACAAUCCAGAUGCCACCGCCCUAACAACAGUCGGACCUGCAGAUGAAGGAUUGUUCGGAGCAGAUCAUCCUACAGAAGAGGAGUUGAGUACGCUUCGAAAAGUACCUGCCACUAUGCCAUGGGUUGGUAUCGCAAUGUGUUUAAUUGAGUUCGCAGAACGUGCCUCCUACUAUGGGUCGAAAGGUCCUUUCAACAACUUUAUCAAUAACCCACUACCGGAUGGUGGCAACGGUGCGGGGGCUGUCGCAAAGGGCGCGGCAGGGCUCAAUCAGUCUGCCGGUGCUCUCGGUCUUGGUUCCAAAACCACUUCCGCCCUUACCAACCUGUUCACGUUCUUGGCUUAUGUUAUCCCAAUCUGGGGUGGUAUCGUAGCCGAUACCAAGUGGGGUCGAUUCAAAGCCAUCUGCGUCGGUACCGCCGUCGGAGCGAUCGCUCAUAUCAUCUUGGUCGUUCCCGCUAUUCCUUCGGUUAUUACGCACCCAAAUGGCGCUUUAGGCUCUUUCAUCGUUUCCAUCAUAAUCUUAGCAUUUGCUGCAGGAUUCAUCAAGCCUUCCCUUGGUCCCUUGCUAUGUGAUCAGAUCCCUAACCGACACCCAGUGAUCAAAACACUCAAGUCAGGUGAACGUGUCAUCAUCGAUCCUGGUGUCACUGUCGAACGAUGGCUAUUGAUCUUCUACGCUUGUAUCAAUAUUGGAGGAUUCUUCGCUGUCGCUACUUCCUAUGCCGAGCGACUGGUCGGAUUCUGGCUAGCCUAUCUUCUACCGGGAAUAGUCUAUAUGCUCAUGCCAAUUGUGCUUGUCCUCGCCGGAAGAAAAUUGUACAAGGCCCCACCUCAAGGCUCAGUCGUUGUUGAAGCUUGGAGAGUGGUCAAACUCAUGAUGUCAAGUGGUGGAUGGAAAAAGAUGUUCAGCGGUAAGGAUGAAUUUUGGAAUCGAGCCAAACCAUCCCACAUUGCUCAAAGCGAGGGCAAGGUCGGCUCCAAGGUCACAUGGGACGAUAGAUUCGUAGAUGAGGUCAGACAGUCCUUGAAUGCCUGUGCCGUGUUCCUGAUUAUUCCGAUCUACGUUCUGGCCGACGGAGGAUUAGGAAAUCAAAUGAACGACAUGUCCGUCGCGAUGACUCUGAAUGGUGUACCAAACGAUCUCAUCUCCAACUGGAACCCUCUCGCCAUCAUUGUCUUCUCUCCUAUCCUCACAUUCCUCAUCUACCCUUGGCUCGCUAGGAUAGGUUUCCCCCUCAAACCUAUGACCAGAAUGUUCAUUGGAUUCAUGUUGGGUGCGCUCACUUGUGUGCUUUCCGCCAUCAUCCAGUGGAGGAUCUACAAGACUUCCCCCUGUGGAUACUAUGCCACCACUUGUGAUGAAGUUUCUCCAGUCUCUUUGUGGUGGCAAGUGCCCCUCUAUACCUUCCCAGCCAUCGGAGAACUUUUCGUGUUCGUUACUUCAUAUGAAAUCGCAUACACUCGAUCUCCAGCCAGGAUGAAGGGUUUGGUCUACUCCAUCUCGCUAUUCAACCAGGCUAUUGCAUCAGCCUUAUCACUCGCAUUGUCGGAUGUCAUCGUAGACCCCAACCUCAUUUGGCCCUGGGUAGCUCUUGCCAUCGCCUGUUUCCUCUCUGCCUUCCUCUUCCCAACAUACUUCAAGCACCUCGACGAUCCAGUUGACGAUUUCGCCGAUGCCGAUAGACAAGCUGGAAUAGUCCACCAACCAGUUCUUCUGUCUCGGGAAUCUGCUCAACAGAGAACAGAGAACGAAAAAGACAUCAUUGCUUAA